UUUGCUUUUUUUUUUGUAGUAAUAUUUGACUUUUGAAAAAUGUAUAUUUCGUAAAAAAAAGCGAAAUAUUUCAAUUUUCAAUAAAGACAAAAAACAUAAACUAUAUUCAUUAAAUUCAAAUCAAACUAUGGAAACAUCGAGCGAACCUACUAAAUCUGAUAUUUCUAAAGUGUUUUCGUCUUCUAUGCAAAAUCUUCCAAUUGAAAUUCAAAACGAUCAAAAACGUAGAAGUUCUUCUCGAUCAAUUAAACGCAAACGAUUCGACGACGAAAUAGUCGAAUAUAGCAUUGGUUUUCCCCAAUCUCAACAAAGUCGAUUCGGACGUCCACGAACUCAAUCGCAAUCGUACGUGACAACAGUUGCUAGCCAGGUAGACCCCACAACAGCAACAGCGAUAACAGUACAAGCACCUAGCGGAGACACACCUCCCCAAACAAUCUCAGUCAACGCACCGAAUCUACCAACUACAACAACAAUAAUGCCCUUGCCUGGUCAACAUAUUGCCGAUAAACGGAAGGCUUUGAAGGCAGGCAAAAAAUCAAAGAAACCUGGCCGACCACCUAAUCAGAUUGCUACCAAGGAUUUGGGUCGAUGGAAACCUAUUGAUGACCUUGCUUUGAUAAUAGGAAUUCAGCAGACUAAUGAUUUACGAACGGUUCAUAGAGGAACAAAGUUCUCAUGCAAAUUCACAUUGCAAGAGAUGCAGGCGAGAUGGUAUACUCUAUUGUAUGAGGAGCCUAUUUCCAGAAUAGCUGUGGCGGCUAUGAGAAAUCUUCAUCCGGAAUCUGUUGAAAGUGUUCAGAGUCGGGCAUUGUACACAGUUCAGGAGGAAGAAAUCCUGGGAACCAUUAAAAGUACGGAUAAUCCGAAGUUGGAGACUUUCCAAGAACUUCUCGACAAAAAUGCAUCAAUAUUCUUCUCUGCUAGAACUGCCAAGGCACUCCAAAACCAUUGGCAGCUGAUGAAGCAAUAUCAAUUGCUUCCGGACCAGGUAGUAAAGCCGCUCUUCAAUGAAGACCAGCCACUGAGUUUCUCUGAUGCCGAGGAACUCAUCCUGGACUCUGAGCUAAUCGACAACAAAGAUGACGCGGUUGAGAUAGAACUUGCCUUGGCAGACCGUCGCAACAAACGAGAAAUACGUCAGCUCGAGAACGAACUUGGUCGUUGGAACGUCUUGGUAGACUCACUGACCGGAGCUGGAGUCACACCGGAAUUUGAUGGCCAAACAUUGGCCAUACUUCGAGGUCGUUUGGUGCGCUAUCUCAUGCGUUCCAAGGAGAUCACUUUCGGACGUGAUGCCAAAGAGGUUGUGGUCGAUGUUGACUUGUCACUUGAAGGGCCAGCUUGCAAGGUAUCCCGCAAGCAAGGUACCAUAAAACUACGUAGCAAUGGUGACUUUUUUAUUUCCAACGAAGGCAAACGACCGAUUUUCAUUGAUGGCUCACCGUUGCUAUGUGGCAAUAAAACGCGUCUAGCCAACAAUUGUGUAGUGGAAAUUGCUGGACUUCGGUUUGUGUUUUUAGUAAACUAUGAUUUGAUAAACGCCAUCCGGCACGAGAGUGCAAAAACAAAUACUACUUUGAAUUGAAUUAAAAGAAAAAAAAAAUAAUAAUAAAUAAAAUCCCUUGAUAACUCUUUAUCUUGAAGUUACAUUGGAAAUAAAAAUAA